AGCAUGCUCAGUGUGACUGACGUUCUUCCUCACGUCUGCUUGCUCAGUGCUCUGCUGGGACCGCUCGCCCUUGUGCACUUUGUUUUGCACUUUUCUCAUGGUUGCAGCAUAUCAACAAUAACGCCCUCCAUCUACCAGAGCGAUCAGUUAAAGCCAUGAAAAGUGUUACGGUUGCCGCAGGGAAGCGAAGGGCUAAGGCGGAGGAUGUAGAAUUGCCACCUAUGGCAAGCUGCAAGGAGGGCGUGCGAGGGAUACUGAGAGCGCUGCAGAGCUGUGUGGGGAAGCUUCAGCAGCCUGAAGAUGCGGUGAAUAUGUCCAUAAACUGGGAAAAGAUCCAGUGCCUGCCUGAUGCCAAACCAGCAUUCCUGUGCGCUGUCCUUCAUCAGCACAUAUCUGAACUUCAGCCUCUUUUAGAUCAGCUUCAAACCCUUGUAAAUGGAAAGGAACAGAGUGCCGACCUACAGCACACCACAGAGGCUCCCUAUACUGUCGAUGUUGUGGAAGUGAAGGAGAACAUUAACGUAGGAUAUACUGGCACAAAACAUGCUCUAAAUAAAAACUUGGAAUGUCUACCAGAUCCUGCAGUUGUCCAGAUUCAGGCUGGAAAGUCAGAAAUCGACAGAAGGAUAUUGGCAUUCAUAGAGAGAAAGCAAGCAGAGAUCAAUGAAAACAACGUCCGGGAGUUCUGCAACGUUAUUGAUUGUAAUCAAGAAAACAGUUGUGCCAGAACCGAUGCCAUUUUCACUCCGUUUCCUGGAUCUAAGAGCCAUAUAAAAGUCUCCAGGGUUGUGAAUGCUUACGGACCUCAGACUAGAGCUGAUGGUUCCUCUUCCAGCUCACGGGCACAUUCUCUCCCACACGAGUGCGGGAACCAGGCUGUGGAGGAGAGGCUCCAAAAUAUUGAAUAUCACUUACAGCUAAACCCAGGAGGACCUGUGCCAAAAGACAUUUAUCAGAGAAUUAAAAAGUUAGAAGACCGAAUCUUGGAAUUAGAAGGAAUUUCCCCUGAGUAUUUUCAGUCCAUGGAGAUGCCGAGUAAGAGAAGAAAAUCGCAAACUUCACAGAACUACUCACUGGUGGAGCUUGACCAAAAAAUCAAUGCUCUCAGACAGUCCCUCUACAAAAAAGCAAAAGUUGAGUCGCUGGAGAAGAUGUAGUAGAGUCAUAUGGACUUUGGUCUGGAUAUUGCUGUCCUUGCCCCGGAGAAUUUUGGUUCCUCCAUUUGUCUACUUUUUUCUGUUGCUUCCAUCAUUCCACAUUUCCAGUGACAUUGGUCUCCUCUUCAGAGUCAUUGUAAUGAGAUGGAAAAUAUCCAGGUGAAGGCCAAAAUAAUCUUGUCAUAGCUGUAGCUGUCAUAGCUGUAGAAGACAUGUCUAAUGUAGACACUGAGCAAGGCACUGUUGUAAAUAAGUAUUUAUAUAUGGACACUUUUAGUUUUUUUCUUGGUUUUUGUUACAUGAUGUUUCUGCUUGGGUCUUCACCGGAUAGACAGUGAGACUAGACUCAGAGUGAUGAACAUAAUUUUUUUGGUUAAAUAUUCAAUUUCUGUAAAUCUUCCUAUCUCACUCAUGCUCUUGUGUAGAUGAGCUCCAAAUACCCUUUAUCAGCAUUUUUGGUGUUCUUGCAUGGUCACUGUUGUCACCGCCACUGACCUGGAUGUUUACAGCUUAAACUUCAUGGUUCGUCUGUUUCCGGCGCUCGUUCAGUUAUGGCUCCUCAUAGCCAAGUUAUCUUGGCAGUGUAAAUCUGCCUCCUACCUGCACUGUACGUGACGUCAAUGAUGAUGCCCUGUAUAUUGCCUGGAACGGAAGACAGAAUAUAGAUUCUGGGAUGGCAAAUAACAAAGUGCCAAAAACCCAACUAAGACUGCAGCGGCGAUAAAGGAACAAACGGUGUUUCAGAAGGGUAAGUAAUUUGUAAAUCCUCCUCCUAUCACAGGUUAAAUUGCCUCUAGUCCCGGAAAACCCCUUUAAGUUCCCAAGAGGUAUCUUAAAGGCUAUGUACAACUUGGGGGCAAUUUUGUUUUUAUUAUUGCAUUCUCAUUUUGAGCUAAAAAUCUUUCGUUUAUUUGGUCUUUA